AAAUUAAAAUAUAUGUUAAAUUCUAUUGAUAUUUUAGGUUUAGAGUCAUGUUCCUUAGAUGCAACCGUCCACUUCAGCUGGGACUUUGCACAGCAGGUUCAUAUUCCACACCAUAGCCAACAGGUUGGACCCCUGUAUUUCAAAACUGCCGGAGGAGAUGUGAGGUAUUUGGAGUUUGCUGUGAAGGAUCUGAGAAACAGGUGUUUUGCCUGGGUGAGGCACAUGCUCAGUUCCACUUUGACAAUUGCCAAGGACAACAAAAAUAAUGCCGUUCUUGGUUAUGCUGUGUGGAGAACAUUGACAGGAGGGCAUAAGACAAUCCAAUACUCACUGAUGCUAGCCGGCCACACCAAAUUUUCAUGCGACUGGCAUUUUGGAGUUUGGAAAAACAGAAUGAGACACAUGGAUGCAGAGACAGUUGAGGAGGUGGCUUCCACAGAAGCCAUGUCAUCCCGUAAUGGCCACAACAUUCCACAUAUUGUUGAUGGCAACAGCAAACAAGUGUCGUUCUAUGACUGGAGCACCUUCUUCAAAGGCAUUUUCAAACCAUUGAAGAACAUUUCGAAAUACCAUUCAUUUGAGGUGUCUUCUAACGAGCCUGGGGUUUUAAGAGUAAAGAAGUUUGUUGAUGCCCCUGGGGAGAAAAUUAACAUACUGAAAAACUGCCAAGUGGAUAUUGGUGUUCUGCCAGAGCAGAUCUUUGGUGAGGGAAUAAGUGCAGAAAGGCAAUGGUACUUGCAUGAUGUAAAAAGAGACUUUUGCAGAUCAGAUACUGCUAAAAACACAACAUGCCCAUUGCCAUUAGUUGCAAAAGAAGGCUAUUCAAAGGCCAAAAAACAAAAGUUGAAAUAGGCAACUUUAUUGAGAACACUUUCUGUGUGUGUUUCAGCAAAAGUUAUAGUUUGUUUCUUGCUAUAAAUAUAUUGGCAUGUGUAAGUGAAAGUUUUAUGUUUUAUUUACAUUCAAAGAAUAUAUUUCUUUGUGUUACAUUGAUAAAAUAUUCAUGAUCUUAGGAAUGUAUGGUUUCCUUGGCAACCAAAAGUAACACACUUGAUUGAUCAUUAAAUACUUGUGUAUAAACAUGUAUUUGAAUUAUGGGAAUAUCAUUGAACAGUCGGCCAUCUAUAAGUAAAGUAUGAUGACAUUUAUAUUUUCCAUACACGACUGCAGUAUAAUGUGAAAGUGUGCAUUUAUAAGUCUAUAUGUUAAUAGUUAUACAUUAAUAUAGUUUCAAUAAUCCUUGCAUGCAUAUGUUUGUUGUCAAUUUUGUCAAAUAAGGCAUGUGUCAAUGCUUUUCUUGUAAAACAUUUCAUUCUGUGUCAUCUUACAACUCCAAAAGAAUGAAAUGAGCAAAAAAAAAGAAUUAUUCUAGGUAUAAGUCAGUUGCUAUGGCAACCAAGUAUAACAUUCUUAUUGAUUUUAAAAAUAAUUGAUUUCACCAGACAAGUUACAUCUUUUAAAUAAUUGCUUGUUUUAAAAUAAUAUGUUUUUUGUUUUGAUUAAUGCAAGGAUAAGCUGCACUACUUUUGAACAAUUAACCUUGUUUUAGAAAAGUGGCAGAUUUUCUUUACAGGUCUAUGGAAAAUUGCUGUCAACAUUCUAUUUUACUACAUAGCUGGCUGAAAUUUUAAUGCUGUACUAAAAUAUUUCCUGCAAACAUAAUCUAUCAAAUUCAAAUGUGAUUUUAUCUAUUUGAGCUGCUUUUGCGUUUAUUUGGAUAUAUUUCUCGUGAAAAAAUUGUAGUCAUGGCAACCGUUUCUAUGAAAUGUACAUGUAGUGUUAUAUUUUCCAUAAAUGAUGUUAUUGAUGUUAUGAUAAUGUUUCCACAGAAAUAAAAAAUGCUCUAUUCAAUUUUAAUGGAAUACAGACUCUUAAAAUCAAGGACGUUGU